AUGGUUGAGGCUGCGGUGGAGGGCGGACAGAGAGCUGCUGACCCGCCCCCCGCUGCACAGACUGGAAACAUCUGGAGCAGCUGCUGGUUUCUGAGUUCUGCUCUGAGACCAGCCAUGUUGUCUCUGGCUUCCCGGUCGCUUCGCCUGCGCGUUGCUGGUUGCCGUCCCUUAGCAACGGUCAUUUCCGGCAACAACACGUCCAAGUUGGUGAGGGAGCGGCUGAAGAACGACGUGGAGAAGAUGAGGAACCGGUUCUCUGGGUUCAGACCCGGUCUGGUGGUUCUGCAGGUGGGAGACAGAGACGACUCGAACCUCUACAUCAGAACCAAACUGAAAGCUGCAGCCGAGAUCGGAAUCGAAGCCAAACACAUCCGGCUGCCGAGCUCGGCCACUCAGGAAGAGGUUCUGCAGAGCAUCAUGGCGGUCAACCAGAACCCGGCGGUCCACGGCGUGAUCGUCCAGCUGCCUUUAGACUCCGCCCACAAGAUGGACACCGAGCUCAUCACCAACGCCGUUUCCCCCGACAAGGAUGUGGACGGGCUGAGCUGCAUCAACGCAGGAAAGUUGUCUCGAGGCGAUCUGAGCGACUGCUUCAUCCCCUGCACCCCCAACGGCUGCAUGGAGCUCAUCCGGCAGACAGGCGUGUCGGUGGCAGGUAAACACGCCGUUGUCAUCGGUCGCAGUAAGAUCGUCGGCGCUCCGAUGCACGACCUGCUGCUGUGGCGUCACGCCACCGUGACCACCUGCCACUCCAGGACCCAAGACCUGCCUGAGCAGGUGGGCCGGGCCGACAUCCUGGUGGUGGGGGCGGGCCGAGCCGAGAUGGUGAGGGGGGAGUGGCUGAAGGUCGGCGCCGUGGUGAUCGACUGCGGGAUCAAUCACCUUCCAGAUGAGAGCAAAGCCAGCGGUAAACGGGUGGUUGGUGACGUUCACUACGCCUCAGCCAAUCAGAGAGCAGGAUUCAUAACACCAGUUCCUGGAGGGGUGGGGCCGAUGACGGUGGCCAUGCUGAUGGAGAACACGGUCCAAAGCGCUCAGCGGUUCCUCCUCAGGUCUCCGUCGCUCAGGUGAAAAUCCGACAGGGGAUCUUUUGUGGCUCUAGUGUCCUUUAUAUGACAGUAGGCUGACAGGAAGGAGGGAAGACAUACGGCAAAUAUCGUCGGGUCCGGGAAUCGAACCUGCAACGGCCGCUUCGAGGACUCAAGGCCUCCAGACAUGGGUGGCUCCAUCCCCUACGCCACCACGGCACGCCCCAGAUUUCAGCUUUUGUUCUUUUUUACUUUUUAAACUUUCAUCAGCUUAGUUUUAUAAUUUGGUUUAUUUAUCUUAAGAUAUUUUUCUGUUAAAAGUAAAUUGUUCUCCUCUACAGUUGCCACGUGCUUUUUAAGAUGCACCUAAAUACGUUUUCUUAAUGAAAUCAAAUACAUUUAAAAGCAAAGAUUGUUUAAUAAUCAGACAGAAAAUGAUCAGAAAGAGAAAAUGGAAGAUAACAGUCGUUAUUAUUAAUGUGUUAUAUGAAUUAAAUUUCUCCUGUAAUUCA